AGUUUGCUUGCACCUGAUUUAUCUUCUAACGUUUUGCGAGUUGCGAUGCGGCAAUCGCAUUUAGUCAAAGUACGCGUUAUCACUGGCCAGAUUAGGAGACAGUAAAUUUCCAUCUCCGGGUACAUGCGGGAGUGCGUAGUUUCAGUAGUUUUGCAUACUUGGGAGCAAGAAAAGUUUUGCGUUAGCUAAAAUGUUUGCUCAUCAUUUAGUGCGAAGUGUUGGGAGAAUAUCUGCUCGGUGCCAUGGGGAACUAUUUGCGAUCAGAGCCAAGUCAACUACGUGUGCGGACCAAUUUAAUCCGACGGCCGAGGUCACAGAUCAGUACCCAUUGAGUGGGGUGCGCAUACUUGACCUCACGCGAAUUAUCGCCGGCCCGUUCUGUACGAUGGUUCUGGCUGAUUUGGGCGCGGAAGUCAUCAAGGUCGAGAGGCCUUUCGUGGGCGAUGAGUCUCGUAAAUGGGGCCCUCCAUUCCUGUCAAACGGCGAUGCGGUCUACUUCACCGCUUCGAAUCGGAAUAAAAAGAGUGUUUGCAUCGAUUUGAAGCGUGGAACGGAAUUGCUCCACAACUUGGCCACAAAAUGCGACGUUCUCGUGGAAAAUUACGUUCCAGGAAAACUCUCGGAGUAUAAUCUAGGCUAUGAAACGUUAAAAGACAUUGCGCCGCACUUGAUUUAUUGUUCGAUCACGGGCUACGGCUCGAGUGGUCCAUAUGCGAAGAAACCCGGCUACGAUGUCAUUGCAGCGUCUGUUGGUGGACUAAUCAAUAUCACCGGGUCGGAAGAUGGUCCACCGGCUAAAGUCGGAGUCGCAGUUACCGAUGUCGCUACCGGACUGUUUGCACACGGUGCAAUCCUAGCCGCCCUCCUGCAACGUCAUCGGACUGGACGAGGUCAGAAAAUCGACGUUAAUCUGUUGUCUACGCAAGUGGCUUGCCUGAUCAAUGUCGCAGCGAACUACAUAAACGCCGGAAAGGAAGGAAAACGAUGGGGCACCGCCCACGAAAGUAUCGUUCCCUAUGAAGCUUUCAAAACAUCUUCUGGUUACAUAACUAUCGGUACCGGCAGUGAUGACCAGUUCAAAUCGCUUUGCAAAUUCCUAGGAAUUUCCGAACUUGCGACAGACCCGAAAUACCUGACAAAUAGUGACCGCGUAAAAAACCGGAAGGAAUUGAUUUCAAUUCUGUCGGGAAUUAUAUCGAAAAAUUCCAGUGCACACUGGAUGAAAGUUUUCGAGAAGGCGCCGUUCCCUGUCGGACCUAUAAACACAAUGCAGGAAGUUUUCGCAGAUCCCCAUGUAAAGGCUAUCGAGUUGGUGAAGACGCUGAAGCACCCGAAAGCGGGAGAAGUGAAAGUAGUUGGGCCACCCGUGGUUUACAGCGAAGGGAAGAAUACCGCCAGAACGGCUCCACCGACUUUGGGACAACACACAGAUGAAGUACUAAAAAAUAUUCUUGACUUGUCCGACGCUGAUAUCCAGAAUUUGCGAGAGAAGAAAGUUAUUCAAUGAUGUUUUCUGAUGAAAGAGUUUUAUCUGCCAUUGUGUGUUCUGUUUUUAUUUUUAAGAUAAGAAGCAUUCACUAAGAUAUAAUGUAUUUGUACGUGUUCUUAUUUCCGCUUAUUGUUUCUUUUGCACAAUAAAUCGUGUUGAAGAAUA